ACACAGCCAUACACGCGUUGGGCGGGGGGAAGGUGAGAGACAAGCUUUAUUUCACCUGUCGCGGGGGACAAUGUCAGGGCAGACGCCUGCCCUAGGCUCCGGCGGCUGAGAUCCGUGCUCAUUCCUCGCACCCGCCCCGGCAGCCGCCCUGCCGCCUCAGGGAGACUUCACCCGGCUGGGGAGGCGAGGGCUGGCCUGAAGCUCCUGGCUUCGGACACUGCCGGCCUCCUCCUGCGGCCCCAGGGCGGAGUCUGCUACAGGGGCUCAUCGUCCAAGGGAAAGCGGCUGGAGGCGCCCCCAGGGAAGCUAUCCAGGUCACAUGAAGUAACAUUUUAUCACAGGACACAAAUCAGCAACUCACUACCAAGUUUCUUGAUAAGUUCUGUCCUUCAGAUUCUCAAGUAUGCAGUGACUGCUGGUAGCUUUCUGCCCUAGGGACUGGGAGAGAAUGCUCCAAUGGAGAGGCUCCAGAAAUUCAUUUUACUUCCUCUCUUCUUAACUGCCUUGCUACCAGGUCUUGGCUUUUGUUACUCUGUUAUACAAGGCCCUACUAAUGCAACAGUCCUUGCUGGUUCAGAAGCUCGAUUUAAUUGCACGGUGUCAUUAGACUGGGUAAUUCUCAUUUGGCUGUCCAAUGGGAGUCCUAUCCUCACUGUCACCAGUGAUCAUGGACCAGUGCUUGGACCAUCAGACCGCUUUACCUCUCAAAAUUAUACCAGUAGCAGUGGUGUUACCUUGGAGCUGAUCAUCCACAACACCCAGCUGAAUGACUCUGGAAAAAUUGAAUGUAGUAUCCAGCAAUUUGGUGAGAGCGGAUUUGCAUUUCUUUCUGUUCAAGUUAAUGGAUCUUUAUUCAUCAAAAAUAGCACCUUAACAGUAAAAGAGAACCAAACAGUUGAAAUUGUUUGUGAAGCCUUAGGAUGGGCUCCAGCUCCAGACAUUACCUGGAUGACAAAUGACUCUUUCAUUGAUAAGUCGAGCUAUAUUACUCAGGAAAGUCAAGGAUCUAAUGGCCUCCGCAAUGCUCUGAGCAUCCUAACUUUGACUCCAGUGGACACUGAGAUUUUGACUUGUUUAGCUGACAUAGAAGCACUCCCUAAUCCUCAGAAUGCAACUGUAGCUGUUACUUUUGACAACUCUGCUAUAGAAAAUGAUUACAGUGAAGACAACAGAAACACGUGGGUUGUCGUACUUGCAGUUGUGCUUUCAUUUCUUGGUAUCGUUCUUCUGAUCGGUGUCAUUGCAGUCGUCGUACGCCACUGCUGCCUGAAGAAGAAAAGAACUGCAUAUGAAGAUGAAAUAAGAAAAGUUUCAGCUGUGAAGAAAAAGGAUGGCAAUUUGGAAGACAUGCAAAGGCAUGGUAGUGAAAAUCAGGGAUACAUCCCAGAGGAACGUUGGGACACAGAACAAAUCCCAGGAAUUGCCUCUCUUCCCACAAUGUCUUCAAAGUUCACUGUUCCUGCUGCAGAUUUGCCUGCCAGUUCUGUACCAAAGGUGCAGCCUCAAAGACGUACUGAGUAUCUGCUCAGCCCAAAGAAAAUUAGAAACGUGACACUUGUUUAGGAUAUGCUGCUCCAGGAAAUUUCUCUCUCAGUUGCACUUGACACUUUUGGAUGAUGGCUUUCUGCAACAGAGAAAGGUUAACUCUGGUCUUCUCAUUAUAAGCUACAAGUUGUUUUUCUUUUUUUUCUCCUUAUGUAAUGAAAUGAAAUUGCAACCUUUAUAACAUGGCAUAUCAUAGCAAAAUAAUGGACAUAAAUUACAGCCUAAACUUCAGAGACAAUUAGUUUUAUGGGACUUUGCAAGAACAAGAAUCUGUGCUUUGAGUGCCAAGGAAAUCAGAAAAACUAUCAAACAGAAAUGUUAGGUUGUCCACUGCAAGAUCAAGGGCUGGAACUGCAAGAGUUUUAUUAGUUCAGAAGAACUCGUUCAUUCUAAUGCUGGUUAUUGCAAGAGCUACUACUUUUAAUGUACUUUAUGUACAGUGGGUCAUUUUGAGCUCACAGAUCAACAUUUUUUUUUCCAUUUCUGUUCUGUAAUAAAAUGAAGGGAAGUUUUCCUGGUGAGGGCUGUUAACAACAAUUCUAACAAGACUACUUUUUCAGCAGAAAUCAAUUUAUUUUGGUAUAUUGUUGUAUUAAAUAUGUGUCAAAAUAUUUGCCUCAAAUCCAGUUUUAAGUCAAAGCCAAUCAGCCAUGUGCCAAAAAAAAACCACAAAAAACCACCAAAAAUAAAUCCUGUUUUGGCUAAAAUGCAAGAGUCUCAAACUGAAAAA